AUGGGACAAAGCUAUUAUGUGCCAAUCGGCACGACACCCCUGCAAAGGGAAUUAAUAUCGGUGCCGGUCGUUGAUGCCAACAAAGGCGGCGACGUGUCGGCUCAGCAACCAAAGCGUCGAUUCGAGCCAGAGGAUGCCGUUGCGGUGGCAGAUGCUCAUUUGAAACGAAAACUUCCAUUAAAUAAUCGCUUGGGUCCACGAGUAUCAGGACACCCAGCCAACAAUGGAGGUAUCGUCAAUCCCCAACAGAAUUGUUCGUUGGAGUUGAGGAAGAUUCCCAGGGGGCUGAAUGCUAUCGCUCACUUGAAUAAUCACUUCUCUAAAUUUGGAAAGAUUGUAAACAUUCAAAUUAGCUACGAUGGAGACCCGGAGGCGGCCAUUGUCACAUUCUCAACCCAUGCAGAAGCGAAUGUGGCCUACCGCAGCACGGAAGCAGUCUUGAAUAAUCGUUUUAUCAAAGUAUUCUGGCAUUCAUCGCCAAUUGGAGGAGAGCAGCCCGCAAUUACGCCAGGCGCAAAAACGGAACAUUCGCUACGUAGAUCGUACCCGAAUCAAUACAGCAUCAACAAUAAUCUAAACAUUACUUCGGCCACGACUCCAGUCUCUGCAGGUGCAGCAGUUUCUAAGGAUGGAGUCCCAUCGGUGGUCGCUACCAGUUCAGCAUCCUCUUCCAUUGCAAGCGGUGGUGAGAAUGUUGCCCCUACUACAACGGUAGUAGCUACGCAUUUGACGAACACUGCUACAAAGCUGGUCAAUACGAAUGUGGCUCCUAUCGUGACGGCUAAUCAGCUACGCAUGAAGAACGCAGCUAAAAUCAAUCAUGCCAAGUCGGAUCUAAUGAGAAAGACGCAGGAAAUCAGCCAAGGACUGCUAAAGCGAAAGUAUGAUCUUCUGCAGCGUUAUUUGAAAGAACUCCGAACGCUGGUAAUGAUGGUUGAAAAAUUUGAAGCUCACGACCCCAGUCGAGUUAAGUUGCUGUCCUCAAUCAAAGAGCUGGAAGGUAACAUCGAUAAACUGAAGCAGGAAAUUGCCACCGACCAACAUCAAAUAGCACCACAAGUGGUCCCAAAGCGCAAAACUAAGGAACAGCAUGAGAAGGACAUCCUCGACGCUGAAUUGGAGAUAAUUGCCCAAGAACAACGUACGCAUCGAGUACCUGGAACUGGAAAUGGCCAAGUUCCUGUGGUUGUUAAUGCGGCUGGGGUCGUCAGCAAACCUCAAAUGUACGGUCCCCCAGGGGCACGUGCAGCGCGCUCGACGAAUCGAGUUGCUCCACUGGGAUCGACUAGUGUAGAUCGCCGUCCAACAACGAUCGCCAUAACCGGAUUUGCAUUGGAGGACGCCGAUGCCCUGCUCGGACAUUUCAAGCAUUUUGGAGAAAUAACCAAGCAUCAGCUAGAAGAAACGGUGCCAUCCCUUUCGAUCACCUUCUCGAUUCGUCAGAAUGCUGAAAAGGCCCUUGUCCGUGGUAAGAUGUUCCGCGACGUGACACUUCAGAUCGGAUGGGUGGUGACCAACAGCAACAACAAUACAACUCCAGCCGUUCCUCAAAUUGAGAAAACAGAAAGCAAGGAAAAAGUCAUCCCGGUUGAGAAUACUUCCGACACCGUUGGUUCGAACAAGGCUACGGAUGAGUCGACCGAGAAAUUGUUGGACGAAGCAGCUGGUGAAAAGGUUGGACCCGUCGUCAGUGCUGAGAUAGCUUCCACAGCUUCGAUGGAAACGCUAACCGAAACGGCUUCCAUGGAGGAAGCUUCUGAAGUCCAGAUGGUGGAAGAGGAGGAAGAAGAAGAAGAUAUGGAAUCGGAGGACCGCUCCUGGCGCCGUUGAUAAUCGCUGGAGAGGAUCGCAAUGAAAUGAGAGCCAUCACUGAGGGGGAGAAGCAGCAGAUGAGGAACAUCAACUGACACUUACUGAAUUGAAAUAUCAAUUUUUAUUUCAUUUUUGUCAUUAUCGUUUAAGUGGACACCGUUCGCUUUAAAUGUAGCAAGUAAGAAAUCUCCACUUUACAAAACGUUUUCUUUUUGUUAUUUACCUUUGUAGUCGAAUGUUUUGUAACGUUUGAAAUUGUUAGAAAUCUGUCGAGCAAAAAUUCUGAUUCCCAAAGCGAAACGUAGUAUCAGGAGUGUUAACGAUUUUUCAAAACAAUACUGAAUUACAAAACAACUAGAGUUAGGUUUUAUUGUUCAAAGACCUUAAAGUUUACAAUUGAACCCAUUUUAAGCUGGUAGAAUAUUAUUAAGUCGUUUGACUAUUCGUAAAGAACCAAAAUUAUUGAUUAUGAAAGUUUUAUUUUGAUAAAUGGGGUGCGCUUUGAAGCGGAAUCUAGCGGCUUUCAAACUACAAACAAAACGAUGAUGUCAAGAAAGUCUAGUAAUUAACUAUUAGUAAUUAUGAAGCAAAUUCAAAUCUAUACACACCUAUAGAUACAAACGCUAAAAGAGUAUGGAAGUA